GGUGGCAUCGAAUUAAACCCAGGCAAGAAGCGGAAGCUUGGUGACGCGUCGAGUAAGAGCUCGACACCACGUGCAAAAUCGCCGCCAUGGAAGAAGUUUGUUGCAGAGGGCCCGACGACUAUAUUCGAAGGUGGCAAAAGGAAGUCGUCACGAGUCAAUGUCGUUACCAGCCCAGUACAGUCGCAGCCUGAAUCCGAACAAAAGCGUGUCAUGCGUCCGCAGACAGGGAAAUCUACUUAUACUUUGCCAAGUGUGAGUAACAGUCCUAAGCCAAAAGACAAGGAUGCGUCAUUUGGUCUCGCAUCAACUCCAGUUGUCAAAAGGGGACCUGGGCGACCAAGAAAAAGCAGCUACCUGCAGAGCCAAAUGCCACCACCGCCUGCCCCGGGCUCUUCGCCGCCAAACCCGGACACCAACAAGAGAGCACCCCCGGCAGGAAGACGGAGGAGAGACACAUGGGUGUACACCUUGGAGCCACCGAAGAAAGGCAGUCUGGAAACAGUCGAGAUACUCCAGAGUAGAAGAAGACCCAAGCCUGAAGUUAUAACGUCUGAUACUCCCGAGCCAACAGCCCAAGUCGAUCAAGAAGUGUCGCCGUCCCAACCGAAACUCAAGUUGAAACUUCGUCGCUUACCACCGCGUCCGCCAAGACUUCAACACCCUGGACAGAUACCUAAGCCACGAAAAUUUGAGUCAUUCGAGCACUGGUAUAAUGUGCAAGAUCCAUUUGAGGGCGAAGAGGAAAAGAGAACCACCGAUUCCGACACGCGUCGGCGGGCUCGGAUAGUCAUGAGAAUCCUUGAUGCUGCAGAGCCCGGAGGUCCGCUGAGUGAAAACAAGUGCUCCAGGUUUCAGCCGGAACCAGUCAAGGAGCCACCUCCACAGUAUGGAACCUGGGAAUUUGUAGUGGCACAUGCAAUCAACUUCCAAAGCUUGCUCCAGAAAGAAAAGACUAAGCAUCGGCAGUGGGCUAAGAGGUAUGCACAAGACGUUGUUGCGGAACUCAGCAAAAGAAGAGGUGGUCAUGAGCCAACCUUAGAAGAACUCGUCACGGCACGCAAGAAGCAACUUAUGCAUGAUCUGAAAGCCAUGUGGAAGCUUGCGCAAGGUGAUACAGACAAGUUGCGGAAGGCGAGGUGGGAAGAGGAGCAGCAUGAACUGGGGAAACAAGCGCUUGAUGAGAUGCUGGAUCAAUCGAAAGAGUUAUUGAAUCGCCGACAAGUCUCCUCGGAGCCCGAAAGCGACGAAGAGGACGACCAAGAGGAUCGUGGCUCGGCAAAUGGCAAAGACGAUGGCGAGAUUACGGAUGCUGAUUCCGAUGCUGAAUUGUCGAAGGAGCAGUUGGAGGAGAAGUACAAGCAUGUCAUUAGCAUGUCAGCGACGCAAUCGGAGUUCGACCAUAACGAUGAUUCUGACGAUGGCGACAGCGUAGACGAGUCCGGCGCCGAAGAUGAGCAGAGUGAUGAUGAUGAUGGGAGUAAUAGUGGCGACAAAGAUAAGCAUGAGGACGACGGAGACUUUGCAGAUGAUAUGGAUGUUGACACGAGUCAACUGCUCGCGGAUCCGAACGGAGACAAUGACAAUGAUGCUAUGGACAUCGCACCAGCAGAUACCAAGUCCUGGAAAUCCAUCGAUCUUACCAGCGAUACGCCGUAUCAAAGUCGAGAUGCAGACAACACCACGGCUCCACCGCAGAAACGAGCCCCAAUGGAUACUUCAAAAGGAGACGCUGAUUUGACUCCCGAAGAGCUUCGCGCAAAAUACCGAAACAUCAUGGCUAUGUCUAUGGAAGAUGUAUUUGCUGAGGCGGGUCUCAGUGAUCAAGAGGAUGCAAGCGGCUCAGACGAUGAUUCAGGAUCCAGCACCGAAGAAUCCUCAGACGAAGAAAAUGAGUCGGAUGUCGAAGACGAAGGCGAUCAAGAAAACGAAGCAGAGCCUACUCCUUUACUCGGCUUCUAUAUGUCCAAAACGGAGCUUCAAUCCGCUGAAGAUACUCCGGAAGCUACCACGCCUAGUCAUACACCUCAAUCCAUGGACGAGCAUGAUAUCCAUACUCCGUCACUUUUACGUGGAAAAUUGAGGCCAUACCAGCACGAUGGUCUCGACUGGCUCGCGGAAAAGUGGAGAAACGGAACAAACGGUAUCCUUGCCGACGAGAUGGGUCUCGGAAAGACUAUCCAAACAAUCGCAUUGCUCGCACAUUGCGCAGAACGAGGCGAAUGGGGUCCACACCUGAUUGUAGUGCCUACCAGUGUCAUGCUCAAUUGGGAGAUGGAGUUCAAGAAAUUUUGUCCUGGCUUUAAGAUCCUGACUUAUUAUGGGACACAAGAAGAGCGAAAAAACAAGCGCCGUGGCUGGUACAACUCCCAUCUCCAUCAGGUUGGUAACGUCGUCAUUACUUCCUAUCAACUAAUUCUCCAGGAUGAGCUUGCGUUCAAGAAACGUGACUGGUAUUAUCUGGUUCUGGAUGAGGCUCACAACAUCAAGAACUUUCAGUCGCAGAGAUGGCAAGCCUUGUUGAAAUUCAAAACUCAACGCAGGCUAUUGUUAACGGGAACGCCGCUUCAAAACAGUAUCCAAGAGUUAUGGGCGCUGCUUUACUUCCUCAUGCCAGCGGGUGACGAUGGGCAGGGUGGGUUCGCUAAUCUUGGCAAUUUCACACAAGCUCUAAAGCAGCCCACAAAUCAGAUCCUAGAGCAGGGACGAGAAGUUCUGGAUGCUGAUGCUCAAAGUAAGGUCACCCAACUACAUACCGUGUUGAGGCCCUACCUCCUGAGACGUAUGAAGGCGGAAGUCGAAAAGCAGAUGCCUGGAAAGUCGGAAGAAGUGAUAUUCUGCUCUCUUUCGAAACGACAACGCCAACUUUACGAUGGGUUCAUGGGACGUUCGGACACGAAACAGACCUUGUCGUCCGGAAACUACAUGUCCAUCAUGAACUGCCUCAUGUCUUUGCGGAAGGUUUGCAACCACCCCGACCUAUUCGAAACCCGCUCAAUCGUCACCUCCUUCACUAUGCGCAAGCCAGUUGCUGCCGAGUAUGAGAUUAAGGACCUUCUUUUCCGAAGAAAGCUUCUGAAGGAUCGUGAAGAUGAAACCGUCAACCUCGAAUUCCUGAAUCUGCGGUUUACCUCUUACGAACCACAAACCAAAUACGACGUAUUCCGCGCGCAACAGCUCCGAACUCAUCAUGUCUUUGACGACCUUAUUGCUCUGCAGACCAAGCGCCUCAAACAUUCUCCAGUGCUAGACGGCUCUAUCGACUCAGGUCUGUCUCAUGUAGCAGCGAAUGCAGAGCAGGAUUGCCUUGAUAAACUUCGCUCUAACCUCACACUUUCUCAUCAGAGGAGUGCCAUGGUUCGAACCUACAGGGGUCUCGAGUUCAUGAGCUUGCCUCUUUAUGGCUCUGACACAGUCAAGUUUCUGUACCUCGACCUGCCUAAUCGCCUAGCUCCGCCCAAACCUAAAAAACGAAAAAUGACUUCUGACUGGUACCUCAAUACAUCGAGUGCAAUCCACGACCUACUCCCUACUCUAGAACAACGCGCACAAGCCAUGGAGCCGUAUGUUCAGAAGUUUGGAUGCAUUACACCAAGCGUUGUGGCUGACGGUCUUGCUGAGCUUUCUCUCUCGCCAGAAGGGGUCACAGCUGUUCGAACCUCAUUCCCGCCGGACCGCGAUCCGUUUCACAAAGCUCGCAUCCGCCUCUCCAUCGCCUUUCCAGACAAGCGUCUCUUGCAGUUCGAUUGUGGCAAGCUGCAGAAGCUUGCACUGCUCCUGCGCGAACUUACAUCCCAAGGCCAUCGCGCCCUUAUCUUUACCCAAAUGACUAAAGUUCUUGAUAUCCUCGAAGAGUUUCUGAAUGUGCAUGGCUAUAAGUACUUUCGUCUCGACGGCUCCACACCAAUCGAAAAGCGCCAAGUCUAUACAAGCCAAUUCAAUCAAGAUACACGUAUCCCGGUGUUCAUCCUGUCCUCGCGCUCCGGUGGUCUCGGUCUCAAUUUGACCGGCGCUGACACCGUCAUCUUCUACGACCUCGACUGGAAUCCCGCCAUGGACAAACAGUGCCAAGAUCGUGCCCACCGCAUUGGACAAACCCGCGACGUCCGCAUUUAUCGCAUGGUCAGCGAAUACACCAUCGAGAUGAACAUUCUGCGCAAAUCAAACCAAAAACGUCUUCUCGAUGACGUCAUUAUUCAGCAGGGCGACUUCACGACUGACCACCUUAAAGACUUCAAAGACGUCAAAGUCAAAGAAGACCUUCAGAAAGCAGAGCAACUCGGUGAACUCGACAUCGAUGCUUCAGCUGCUAUGGACCGCGUUCUGGGUAAUCUCACUGGUGUCGGUAAGGCGCUUGAGCAGGUCGAGGAUGUCGAAGAUGUUCGUGCCCUUGAGAACGCAAGGAAAGAAGAGGUCGAGGAGGUCAGAGAGGAUCUGGCGGAUUUUGAUGAGACUAAGACUAAAGAAAUGCUUGAGACCAAGGGCAAUAGCAAACUACAGCCAGACGAAGAGAAGAGACAUGUUGAUGAGUAUAUGGUC